GGUGUCUGAGAAAUAAACCGAGAGAGCGAGAGAAGGGGAACGGGCAGAGGAAACUGGGGAGGCAGAAACAGCAAAGAGUGAGAGAACAGGGGCAGGAAAAAGAGGCCGGGCGGAGAGGUAAAGGCACGGGGAGGAGAGCAAAGAGAGACCAUGGAGCUGCUCCUGUGGCUCUGGUCCCAGCUUCGAUCCUGCGGGAACAACCUCCCAGCCCUGGGCAUAGCCCUCACAGUCUUCGCUCUGCUAUUUGAUUUCCUGAAGCGCAGGAAGCCCUGGAGUCGCUACCCACCAGGGCCGAGCUCUCUGCCCUUCCUUGGGACCAUGCUGCAGAUCGACUUCCACAACCCGCACGUCUCCUUUGCCCAGCUGAAUAAAAAAUAUGGAAAUGUCUUUAGUCUUCAGAACUGCUGGAGUAAUCUAAUAGUAGUGAAUGGAUUCAAAGCAGUAAAGGAAGCAUUGGUCCAGAAAUCAGAGGACUUUGCUGACCGACCAUACUUUCCUAUAUAUGAACAGUUGGGUUAUGGAAAGAACUCUGAAGGGGUGGUGCUUGCAAGAUAUGGUCAUGCGUGGAAGGAGCAAAGGAGAUUUGCACUCUCUACCUUGAGGAACUUUGGGAUGGGAAAGAAAUCCUUGGAGCACCGUGUGACCGAGGAAGCUGGAUUUCUAUGCUCUGCGAUCAGAUCUGAAAAAGGUCGUCCUUUUGAUCCACAUUUUCUUAUAAACAACGCAGUUAGCAAUGUGAUCUGCUCCCUCAUCUAUGGUGAGCGCUUUGACUAUGACAAUAAGAAAUUUCAGAGGUUGUUGCAUUUGUUUGAUCAGGCCUUGAAUGAAGAAGCUGGAUUCCUGCCCCAGCUCCUUGUCGUAGUACCUUGGGUGCUGCUCAUCCCUGGAGUGCCACAGAGCAUCUUCCGAUCCCAAAAGGAGAUCCUGGACUUCAUAAAUGAGCUUCUAAAGGAGCACAGGAUAACCUGGAAUCCUACCCAAAAGAGAGACUUCACUGAUGCUUUUCUACAAGAGAUAGAGAAGGCUAAAGAGCAUGCGGGGAGCAGUUUCAAUGACAACAACCUUCCUAUGGUAACAGUUGACUUGUUUACCGCUGGCACUGAGACCACUUCCACCACCCUGCGCUGGGCAUUGCUGUACAUGCUUCUCCACCCUGACAUCCAGUGUAAAGUCCAUGAGGAAAUUGAUAAGGUGAUUGGCAGGGACAGGUCACCCCAGAUGGAGGACCAAGCGAACAUGCCUUAUACCAGUGCUGUGAUCCAUGAAACUCAACGUUAUGGGGAUAUCGCUCCUGUUGGAUUGCCUCACAUGACAUACCGGGACACCGAGCUCCAAGGCUUCUUCAUUCCAAAGGGGACGACAGUCAUCAUGAACUUGACCUCGGUGCUGAAGGAUGAAACGGUUUGGGAGAAGCCGCACCAGUUCUACCCGGAGCACUUCCUGGAUGCAGAUGGGCAGUUUGUGAAGCGAGAGGCCUUCCUGCCUUUCUCUGCAGGUCGUCGUGUUUGCCUGGGGGAACAACUGGCCAGGACGGAGCUUUUCCUCUUCUUCACCAGCCUCCUGCAGCACUUCACCAUCCGUCUCCCUGAGGGCCAGGCCAGGCCUCGAGAGGAUGGACGCUUUGCUGCGACACUCAGGCCCCACCCCUACCAGAUCCAAGCUGUCCCAAGAUAAGUGCUGUUUUCUGCCGAGUUCCCCUCAUAUAUUUGAGGAACGCCGUAGUGCUUAGCUGAAAGAUGCUCCUACUCCAACGGGGCAGCUUCUCCCGUCGGCAUCGUUAAGCCACCUCCCUGAGAGGCGUUAGCUGUGUCGAUGGGAGAAGCUCUGACGACACAGCGCUGUCUACCCAGAGGUUAGGCUGGUAUAACUAUGUCGCUCAGGGGUGUGGAUUUUUCACACCUUGAGCGACAUAAUUAUACCGAUAUAAGCCUGUAGUGUAGACCUGGCCUUAGUGUUGUGUCUGCGGCUCCCAGAAGCCACGCCAUGGCCCCUCUCCGGCUCCUACACACUCCAAUGGGAGCUGCAGGGGCGGUGCCUGCGGAUGGGGCAGCGUGCAGAGCCGUCUGGCCAUGUCUCGGCGUAGGAGCCGGAGAAAGGACAUGCCACUGCUUCCGAGAACUGCUUGAGGUAAGCGCCGCUCGGAGCCUGCGCCUCCUGAGCUCUCCCCACGCCCCAACCCCCUACCCCAGUCCUGAUCCUCCUCCCUCUCUCGAAACCCCUCGAUCCGCGCCCUGAGCACCCUCCUGCACCCCAAACUCCUCAUCCCCUGCCCCACCCCAGAGCCUGCACCCCCUCCUGCACGCCAACCCCAAUUUUGUAAGCAUUCAUGGCUCACCAUACAAUUUCUAUUCCCAGAUGUGGCCCUCGGACCAAACAGUUUGCCUAGUAUAAUUCCAGUUUUGAUCUUAUCUUUUUCUCUUUACACAAACAUAAUAUGAGGGAACCACGUGUGUACAGUGGGGUCCAAACACGUGUUUAUUGGAAAUACGCAACAUGCCAGGCAUUCCUCCACCUACACACUGCUGCUCUGGUUGGGUUCUGGCAACUUCUAAAAAACCAGCACAUGGGGAAUGGAACAAUAAGGCUCACAAACUAUUUAAAGGGAUAUUACACUAUGCCCGUACACGACACCUUCCUUCUUCCAUUAUACACGUUCCUUUCACUUUCAGCCCGGAAAAGGGUUAACACAGUUUCUUUGGAAUAGAAACCUCUUCUGUUAGAGUAAAGUGACUAUGGGAGGAAUUGCCACUAAUUUGCCUCAAAAUAUUGUGUUUUUUCCACGAUAAGCCUGUAAUUUGCCCUUGCAAAGGAUUGUUAUAAUUUGAGUGUUGUAUACAAAAUAGUAAAAUUACGUUAAUAAAAAGAGGACUAUUUUAUUCUUUAA